UAUCCAAUCCAUUCGUCAGAUUGUGUUUGUGCCACUGGGCGUUCGUGUCGGUUCGCAAAAUAUUUCUCAGUUUUCGUUUCACUGUGCUCACGCACGCACAAAAUCGUUAUCGUUGUUAUUUUAUUAUAAUUUUUGUCUAUCCGUGUCGCGUUGGUUAUUAUUAUUGUCAUCAUCGUUAUUAGUAUCGAAACGUAUCAAUCUUUAUUGUUUUAGUAAAAAUUCGUUGAUCUUACAUUACCUUUAUAAAUUGUUGUUCGUUGCGUUUUUUUUCCACAAAAUAUUUUAUCAUCCGCCAUCGCGCCACCGCCGUUGACGUCCGGUUUUACAAAGUAUUUUUACCGAGUAGCUCUCUUCUUCCGACGCCCGCGCCACACGUCGCCGGCUCCUGACGCGUCGUGUAAAGGUAACCCACUGCCUGCCGAUUGUUUUUCCUCUCCCGGAACCGAUCAAAGCCGAAACGAAAGCAUCGGAGACGCGCCACCGAAGUGUAGCAUGUUAGGCCGUCAGUCGUCCGCCACUCUACGUUUGUGAUAAACAAGGUUUUUCGAUACGGCCUCAAGCUGUGGACUGCAACGCCCUAUUUGAUCCCCCAUCAGGGGUUAUACUAUCCACAAAUGGUUCAAGGAGGAAUUGAUCCUUAUGCAUCACUCGCGGCAGCGUCUGGUGCAUUCCCUAUGCAACAACCCGGACAAAUGGCUGCGAUGACGCUUAAAAUGGCCAAUCCCCAACAGCCUACUCUAAUGCCGGCUACGGUGGCUACACCUCAAAAUACAGCUCCACUUCCACCUCAAGUGACUGUAGAAAGUGAUCCACCGCUGCCACCUAUUGCAUAUUCACCCCCUACUGGGCUUAAUAUGUCCAUGGCGUCAUCGCAACAACAACACCAGCAGCAUCAGCAGCAUCAGCAGCAGCAACAGCAACAGCAACAGCAGCAGCAGCAACAACAACAACAACAACAUCAGCAGCAACAACAACAACAACAACAACAACAACAACAACAACAACAACAGCAGCAGCAGCAGCAGCAGCAGCAAUCUGUUGGAUUAACCAAGUCUGAACAACAACAAAUCACAGUUACUACGGUAUCACAACCGUUGGAAUGUACUAAUGCCACAAAUGCGUUGACUACACCGGUGUCAGUAUCUGUAGCCUCACCAACGAACAUUACCAAUGUUGGCGCUGGGUCCCCUUGUUCAUCUAGUGAAGACAAAAAUAUCCAAUCAAAGAGACUUCAUGUAUCAAAUAUACCCUUUAGAUUUAGAGAGCCUGACUUGCGUGCCAUGUUUGGGCAAUUUGGACCAAUUCUAGAUGUUGAAAUUAUAUUUAAUGAGCGUGGAUCAAAGGGAUUCGGUUUUGUAACGUUUGGGAAUAGCGCUGACGCUGAUGAGGCUCGCGAACAUCUUCACGGAACAGUUGUUGAAGGCAGAAAAAUAGAGGUGAACAAUGCAACAGCUAGAGUGCAGACUAAAAAAGUAGCUGCUCCUUUGCAAUUACCAAAUGUAUUACUCUCUAGAAACGGAGUAUUGCCGAACCUUGUUUGUGUUCAGUGGCCUGAGGCCGCCGCAGCAGCACUUAGAGGGGCAGCUAUACAACGUGGACGAGCCGUAGCGGCCGCGAACGCCGUCAGGAACGCGGCCGCGAUGGCUGCAGUGGCCGCCGCUUCCAACGGCGGGUUCCCGUCGGUUGGCAAUCCAGGAUUCAACACCGCCAGACUGCCGGCGACCAGCAUUGCCGUCACGCCCAACCCGUUGCAAGCCAUCAACUCAGCUCCCGGUACUUACGCCCCUAAAAUGUGUUUCAGUGGAGUAUACUAUGAUCCAUUCCUGGCAGCCCAAGCUGCAGACAAUAACUACAGGUUACAGGCAGGAGCAGUCAAUGAGGUAGCUGCCGCAGCAGCAGCCGCGUCGCCUCUACUUAAGGCCGCAGCCGCAGCCCAAGGGACUCCAGCGUUGUCGUCCGCCGCAGCGGUGGCCCAAGCGCAACAAGCGUCCUACGUUGCCGCCGCCACGUACACGGCCGCAGCGGCCAGAGCGUACAACGCGGCGGCUGCAGCCGCCAACAAUCAGAUGGCCAACCCGGCGGCCGCCGCCGCUGCUACGUACACGGCGUUGCCAGCUGGAUAUACUGGGCGUGAAUACACCGCAGAAUCAUACUUAGCUAGUCACGGUAUCGGUCCAGUCACUGGAUACGGGCCAAUGUACCGAAGUGGCUACAACCGAUUCACCCCGUACUGAUUAUAAUAUAUAAUAUAAUGAUAUUAUCCUAUGAGAUUAUUAUAUACAUAUAUACAUUACGAUUAACUAUAAUUUUUACUCAUGAAUAUAUACAUGUGUAAUAAGGCAGCCAUAUAAAAUAAUAUAAAUAUAAAUAUAUUAUACUAUUAGAUCCAUUGAUAUACAUAUUAUAUUAUAUUUGACGACACGAUGACGAGAUCCAUCUAGAUUAUUUUAACAUCCUCCUCUCUAACACCGAGUAAGAGACUUGGUCACAAUUUCAGUAAUAUUUUUUUGAAAAAAAUCAUUAAAUACGCACACACAUAUUAUACUUAUUACAUAAUUAAUUAACUAUUGUCGUCUUCGUUGGCUUACGUCAUUGUGUCGUCUUCAAUAUUGCGUAAAAAGUAUAAUAAAAGCCGACCAACCCGACCCACACAUAAUUUACUCUUCUCCCAUGACCCGCUAAACAUUUUUUUUUUUAAUAGUUAAAUUAUUAUAGGUAUUUAUGUAUAUUAACGAUUUAGGACUUUGAAACCUCCCCGAAUUGUAUGCAUCCGAAUCUUUUGUACACCAUUUAUUUAUUUAUAUUAUUAUUUUGAUUGUUAUUACCUAUAUGAUUAUUAUUCGUUCUCCGAUUCACUUGCUCCUCUACUCAGUUUUCAAAUAUGUAUUGUUUAAAUAUAUUGAUAAGUUAUGACUAUAUGAACAAAAUAUCAUGACAAAAAAAAAAAAAACAAAAAAAAAAUUACCUUAGAUUUAGAAUGCCUACGUUUGUAUGAUAUACUAUAUAUAAUAUAUAUUUUAUUCGUUAUUAUUAUUAUUUAACGUAAAAUCGUUUGAAUCUCAAUUGAUGGACAUUCGUGAGUUGGUAGAAAUAAAAAGAAUCUCGGCAGUAAUAAUAAUUUGGAAUAAUAACAACAUCAACGAAAGGCCCUCGAACAGAGCGACGGGCGGUAGGUCGGCUUUCUCUUUUGAUUUUAUUUUUCCGUUUUUGUUUUGUAUGAAUAAAAUUUAAAGGUCGCCGCUGGCUUUUGAUUACGUUUGUUGCCAAAAUACCACCAUAGACCACGUUUGUUUUAACUGACUCGCAAUACUUCGAAUAAUUGUUGCGCACUUGUUUGUGGUCAAAACGUGUGUAUAUAUAUAUGUAUAUUGUUUUAAUUAAUAGGAAAAACCAAUCUGAAUGUUCACCAACCCCAACCAACAAACAAAUAUAAUAUAUAUACACUUAUAAAGAGCUCUCUCAAUUUGUUUGUAUGUUUUUUUUU